AUGAAUGAAUCUACCCUUUCACCCGUCCGCGCACGACGGCGAUUGCAGACAGGCUACGUCUACGAUGUGCUCAUGUCAUAUCAUCAAGAAACCGGUACACAGCUUCCGGACAGCCAUCCGGAAAAUCCAUUACGCAUCUUUUACAUCUACGAAGAAUUUCGCAAACAGGGCUUUCUUGAUGAGUGUGUCCGUAUACCCGCCGUCAAAGCAUCCAAAGACGAUAUCCUGGCUGUUCACGAUUUGGAACAUUAUCGCACCAUUCGGUCGACCCGAAAAAUGGCGGCCACCCAUCUGCGAGCGUUGCAGGAAGAAUACGAUUCUAUAUAUUUCAACAACCAUUCAUUUGAGAGCAGUCUCUACGCUGCCGGGGGCGUGCUUCAAGCGUGCAAAGCGGUGGUCACUGAUAAAGUAAAAAAUGCAUUUGCCAUUGUCCGGCCUCCAGGUCAUCAUGCCGAAUACGAUUCUCCCAUGGGAUUUUGUCUAAUGAACAAUGUCGCUAUCGCCACUCGCUUCUGUAUGAAAAAUCACCAUAUCAACCGUGUGAUGAUCCUCGACUGGGAUGUUCAUUUUGGUAAUGGUACGCAGCAAAUCUUUGCCAACGAUCCAAAUGUGUUAUACAUGUCAUUGCAUCGGUACGAGGAAGGCGUUUUCUAUCCAUCUGAUAAAAAGGGAUCCGCUGGCUAUGUCGGUUACGGUGCAGGCGAAGGAAAGACUGUCAAUAUUCCUUGGACACGGGCCGGUAUGAAGGAUGCCGAUUAUAUACAUGCGUUUCAUCAAGUGGUGUUACCAAUUGCCAUGGAAUUUUCGCCAUCGCUUGUCAUUGUUUCUGCCGGAUUUGAUGCCGCAGCCGGCGAUCCCAUAGGUCAAUGUCUGGUAUCUCCCGCAGGGUACAGUCAGAUGGUCCAUUUGCUGAAAAGUCUAGCACAUGGACGGUUGGUCGUGGCGCUGGAAGGUGGCUACAAUUUGGAAUCCAUCUCUGUUUCCGCCGCAGCGUGUAUGUCAGUAUUACUUGACGAACCUCCUCAACCGGUGGUUGACAUGACUCCCAGUGACGAAUGCAUCAAGGUGGUUCAACGGGUCAAACAAAUCCAAUCUCGUUACUGGAAAGCAUUUCGAUGA